AUGGAGUCUGCGGAUAGAGCCAGGGCAGCAGCCUUGCAAAACAAAACAAACAGAAAAAAAAAAAAGAAAAGAAAAGAAAACAUCACUGUAUUUCAAUCACCAAAAAUCGCCACAAGAACACUCCCCAUUCUCAAACCUAUGAAACCGAGUAUUGUCCCUCACCGUUAUAACCCUCCCCGUGCAUUUGGACAUAAACUUUAUCGCGACAUGACAGUCACCGCAAACACGCAAGUUCUUCAUAACCCUAAUCGGCCUCCCAGCCGGAAAAGUGAUCAAGGCAAACGCGAUCGCCAGUCGCUCGCUGUGAAACUUAAUCGCCUGCCUUUUUUCCUCGUUGUCAACUUCUUUCGACAUCUUUCUAUAAAUCUCGUCACUCAUUUCGUGCUUUCUAUCACCGGCAGAAAACGUGUGGACCCUAUUAUUCUCCUCGACCCAGCUCAAGCCCGUUUCCUUUUUCUGCCCUCGGUCCUUGAGCAUUUUCCUCACCUUAGCCGCUUCUUGGUACCUCCCUGCAGCCGCAUAAGCAUUGGACAGAAGCACGUGAAGGCCUGGGUUCACAGGCCCAGAUUCAAAGAUCUGAUCGGCCACCGAGCCUGCCAGUUCUGUAUUUUUAUGAAUUUGGCAUCCGGUCACUCCCCAGGUGGACUCUGUCGGCUGCAUCGGCAUCUCGUUGAUUACUUUCAGGGCUUCGUCCAAUUUGCCAGCUCGUGCAAGAAGGUCAACCAUCGAACCAUAGUGUUGACUUCCGGGCUCUAUGUUGAAUUCUUUCAUCAUAGCAAAAUAUCGUUUACCUUCAUUCACCCGGCCCGCAUGGCUGCACGCAUAGAGCAUACACAGGAACGUGAUGAAAUUCGGCUUCAUGCCCGCUUUCUGCAUUUUCUCGAAAAGUUCAAACACUUUCUCCGUGUGUGCGUGCUGAGCGCAAGCGAUCAACAUGGAAUUCCACGAGCCCAGAUUCUUAUCUAA